UCGUUGGAUUUUUCCAUUUCUAUCUGCAAAAUCUCAUCGUUUUCCGAUUCCUACAACUCACCGGCGAUUUUUCUCAUCUGGGUCUCUCUUUUUCUCUCAAUCUUCAAAUUUGCUUUGUUUUAAUGGCGGUUCUUCCCAUUUCCAUGGAGCAAAAUUGCAACUUGGAACUUCGUCUCUCUCCUUCUUCUUCAACAUUCUACCCCCACAAUCAUUCCGACGACCACCGUCACCACCACCACCCUCAUCUCCACCAGUUCUUGGAUGAUGAAUUUAACAAAAAUUCUCAGCAGCAGAUGACCAUUUUCUAUAAUGGUAGAGUUUGUGUUGCGGAUUUUACAGAGGAUCAGGCUAAAGCUAUAAUAAUGCUUGCAACAAGACAUGUUGAGGAGAGAUCGAAAAAUCCUCAACAGAAAUUGGAACGAUCAACGUCACCGGAGCAGUGUAAUGUUGAAGCUGUUUCUGGUUCUGGUUCUGGGCUCUCCAUGAAGAGAUCUUUGCAGAGGUUUUUACAGAAAAGGAAGAACAGGAUUCAAUCUGCUUCACCUUACCAUCAUUAAUCAUUCAUUGAUCCACUUUCUUUUUCUUUUCUUUCUAUUACUUUUUGAGAUGAUUGAAUAUGUAACAACAUUUUAGAGUUGUAAUUUGUAGAGAACUUACUUUUCUGGUGUUCCUUCAAUGAAAAUUUUGAAUGAUAUAAAAAAAAAAGUUCAUUGUU